GUAAACUCCAACACAACUCUGAGCACGCAAAGACACACGUUUCGACGUCACAGGCACUCGCGACACAACACCACUGUGCAACUCGCUGUUUUCCUUCCCGCACCCGGCACCUUCAUCAAACUACAGCCAUGCCGCCCGUCAAGGCCCCUGUUGCCGAUGCCCCGGCCAGCCCGGCGCUGAGUGCUCUUUCCAAAGCAUCGUACGCGCUGUUCCUUGAAGCUGCCGCGGGAACCGGGGGAAAGGGAUGCUUUCUUAGCCCCAUGAGCAUCAUUUACGCACUCACGCUGGCCCUCAACGGCGCGGGCCCCAAGACGUCCACGCACUCGGAGCUGCUGGCAGCCAUUGCCGGCGGCGCCGAGAACGCCGCCAACUUGGGUGAGGGCGACCUGAACUCGGAGCUGGGCCGCACCAUGACGCUGCUGAACGGAGCCGGCGCCGGCGCGGCCGAGGGCUCCGCCUCCCGCAUGGUGCUCGCCAACAGCGUGUGGACGCACCGCGGCACCACGCUGCGUAAGGAGUACGUGGACGCCAUGCAGUCGCUGUUCGACGCCACUGCGCGCGAGGCGGUGAACGGCGCCAAGGACGUGAACGCCUGGGUGGAGGGCGUGACCAAGGGCAUGAUCAAGGACCUGGUACAAACCGACCAGUGGGACGCCAUCCUGGCCAACGCCAUUUACUUCAAGGGGUUCUGGACGCACGCCUUCAAGAAGGAGGACACCUUUCCUGGCGAGUUCACCACGGGCGCCAAGGCCACCAAGGAGGUUCCCUUCAUGUGCAAGAACUUCGAGGCGCAGGACCGCAUUACCGCCGUGCGCAAGGAGGGUCUGUACGACGCAGUGGCGCUGCCGUACAAGGGCGACGCCUUCAGCGCCAUCGCGCUGCUGCCGGCGGUGGGCGUGGCCAUGGAGGCGGCGCUCAAGGACUGGGGCUCGGGGCCGCAGGAGCUGCGCCCGGUGGGCAAGUGCUUUGUCAAGCUGCCCAAGUUCAAGGUAGAGAGCCAGCUCAGCCUUAAGACCGUGCUGCACAAGCUCGGCGUCAAGCAGGCAUUCGGAGGUAGCGCCGACUUCAGCCGCCUCAGCGACACCAAGAUGUUUGUCAGCGACGUCGUUCACAAGAUUGAAGGGUAGCCUGCCUGCAUCUUCCCUGGCGCUCC